UUCAACAGGAAAUAUGCUUAUGAUGGCCAUUAUCAGUUGCCCAGCCAGCAUCAAUCAAACAAUUAAUGAUGAUUUUGGACUUUGGUUUAUCUUUCACUUUCCAGUAGGGGCCCACUCGAAUGGCGUUGAUUCUCUUUUCCAAGUCGUCAGGCAAGUUCGAUGAUUGUAACGUGCAGGUGCAUCUCUUAUAUCUUCAUCUUCUUGGAGCAAUAAUUUGGUGAGUAAAACAAUAACUUGUAAGCAAACCCAAUUGCUUGCCAAAAUGCCAGAUUACUUAUACUCCAUUUUCUUCUUCUUCUGUUGCUUUUUUGCUGUUCUAAGUGAUGCUGAGACUAAUAUGUCUCAUCUCUAUGAUCAAGAACAUGCAGUCCUACUGAACAUAAAACAACACCUUCAUCCAUUCCUCGAUCAGUGGGCCCCAUCGGAUUCCUCUCAUUGUUCUUGGCCUGGCAUCAACUGCACCCAUGAUUCUGUCACAAAAUUAGAUUUUGGUGACUGGAACAUCACCAAAACGAUGCCUCCUUUCCUCUGUGACCUUAGAAAUCUCACCCUUAUUGAUUUUCAGCUUAAUUAUUUCCCUGGGGAGUUCCCAAAAUUUCUCUACAAUUGCUCCAAGCUUGAGUACCUAGACCUCUCCCUGAACAACUUUUCGGGUCCGAUUCCAAAUGACAUUGACCGAUUAGCCAAACUGCGUUUCCUUAAUCUUGGUGAAAACGAAUUCUCUGGCAGCAUACCAGCCGGCAUCGGAAGGUUGAAGGAGCUGAGAAGUCUUCAACUUCACAUGUGUGAGUUUAGCGGCAGUAUCCCUGAUGAAAUAGGCUACUUGUCCAAUCUUGAAUUGCUAUACUUGUGGGGAAACAAGAAUUUGAUUGGGAAAAUUCCAGAAAGUAUUGGAGAACUGGUCAAUUUGGUGGAAUUGGAUUUAUCACAGAAUGGCUUAAGUGGGCAAAUCCCCAGUGGUGUGUUUUCUCUGAAGAAUCUCAGCAUAUUGUAUCUUUGGAAAAACAGCCUAUCUGGGGAAAUACCUACAAAAAUUGAAGCUUUGAAUCUGACUAUACUCGAUGUUUCACGCAACAUUCUUACUGGAAAAAUCCCAGACGGUUUAGGAAAGCUCAAAAAACUGACAGGCUUGAGUUUGGAUAUGAAUCAACUAUCAGGAGAGAUACCUGAAAGCCUUGCUCAUCUACCAGCUCUAGUAGAUUUCAUGGUUUUCCAAAACCAUCUAUCAGGCACUCUUCCUCCUUACUUCGGUCGUUAUUCGCCACUCGAAACCUUCCAAGUUGCAACCAAUCAAUUGACAGGAAAAUUGCCAGAGGAUUUAUGUUACAAGGGCAAGUUAGUUGGUGUAAGUGCUAAUGACAACAAUCUAAGUGGGGAGCUGUCAGAAUCACUAGGGAGCUGCAAUAGCCUGCAAUACUUGUUUCUUGAUAAUAAUAGUUUUUUCGGCAAAAUCCCUGGCGGCCUUUGGACAUCACAGAAUUUGGUGGCUUUAAUGGUCAACAACAACGAGUUCACUGGCGAACUACCUCAAAGAUUGGCUUGGAAUCUUUCAAGUUUGUCCAUCAGCAACAAUCAAUUCUCUGGUAGAAUUCCGACAGGAGUAUCUACCUGGAAGAAUCUGAUCGAGUUUAAAGCUAGUAAGAAUUUCUUCAAUGGAAGUAUUCCGCAAGAGCUUACGACUCUUCCUAAGCUAACAAAAUUGUUGCUUGAUCAAAACCAGCUAACAGGGCCACUUCCAUCAGAAAUCAUAUCUUGGAAAUCUCUCAAUGCCCUAAAUUUAAGCCACAAUCAACUCUCUGGACAAAUCCCAUAUUCUUUUGAUAGCUUACCUGUCCUAGGACAAUUAGAUUUGUCAAAUAAUCAGCUCUCCGGUCAUGUUCCACCUCAACUUGGUAAAUUGUCAAUGACCCUCACAAACCUCAAUCUCUCCUCAAAUUUUUUCACUGGGAAGAUUCCUCGUGAAUUUGAAAACCUUGUCUAUUCCGAUAGCUUUCUAAACAAUUCUGGUCUCUGUGCUAAUACCAAAAGGUUAAACCUUCCCUUGUGCAAUUCUGGUUCUGACCUUCAAAGAUCAAGCAACAGAUCAUCUGUGUCUCUUGCUUUGAUCAUAGGCCUAGUGAUAGUGGCCUCUUUAGCAACCUUCUUGAGUUUACUCUUAAUUAUUAGAGUAUACAAAUCAAGAAAGCAAGAACUAGAAACUUCAUGGAAGUUGACUUCCUUUCACAGGUUUAGUUUCAGUGGAAUGAACAUUGUAUCAUCACUGACAGAUGACAAUAUUAUAGGCAGAGGUGGGUUUGGUACAGUAUAUCAAGUCCCUAUAGACGGUUUAGGCUAUGUUGCUGUAAAGAGGAUAAUGAACAACAAGAAGUGGGAUCAGAAACUUGAGGAUGCAUUCCUAGCAGAAGUUAAGAUUUUGAGCAAUAUUCGUCACAACAAUAUUGUGAAGCUGUUGUGUUGUAUUUCAAGCGAGGAUUCUUUGAUGCUUGUGUAUGAAUAUCUAGAAAACAAUAGCCUUGACCGUUGGUUGAGCAAGAAGAAUAGGUUAAACCAUAAUGUUAUUCUUGAUUGGCCAAAAAGAUUGCAGAUAGCCAUAGGAGCUGCACAAGGUCUAACCUAUAUGCACAAUGAUUGCUUCCCUCCGGUCAUUCAUCGUGAUAUUAAAAUAAGUAACAUCCUUUUGGAUUCGGAAUUCAAUGCAAAAGUCGCAGACUUUGGUCUAGCAAGAAUGUUGAUCAAGCCAAGUGAACUCACCAUGUCAGGUGUAGCUGGAUCAUUUGGCUAUAUUGCUCCAGAAUAUAUUCAAACAGGAAAAAUCAAUGAAAUGAUCGAUGUGUAUAGCUUUGGGGUGGUGUUGCUGGAACUAACAACUGCAAAAGAAGCAAAUUACGGAGAUGAACACUCAUCUCUCGCAGAUUGGGCAUGUCGCCAUGUGCAGUUGGGUGGAGAUGUAGAAGAAGUUCUAGAUGACGAAAUUAAGGAAGCAUGCUAUAUGGAUGAAAUAUGCGGCGUGUUCAAGCUUGGUGUGAUGUGUACUGCAAUACUACCAGCCAGUAGGCCUUCUAUGAAGGAGGUUCUGCAAAUAUUGCUUCGUUGCAGGGACCCAUUUGGUUAUGGAGAAAGGAGUCCUGGAAUCUUUCAUGUUGUCCCUCUGUUAAAGAAUUCCAAGAGGGAAAGUAGAUUGGAUAUUGAUGAUGAUUUAUAGCAUCAUUGACCUCACAAUUGAAGUAAAUCCUUUCAGGUGAUGUAGGAAGAAGACAAACAACAUUAGUUUCUACAAAGUUAGAAUCUGGUGUCGGUGGAAGUAAAAGAACAACUGCUCUAGAUUCUUGUGACUUGAGAGCAUGGAAUGAUCAGAUUUUGUUUCCACUUCAACCUGCAAAUAGCUUAGAAGUGAGAAAUGAUUCUUGACCUUCACAAGAAGUGAUGCAGGAAGAAGACAAACAACAUCAAUUUCUACAAAGUUAGAAUAUGGUGUUGGUGGAAGUAAAAGAACAACUGCUUUAGAUUCCUGUGGCUUGAGAGCAUGGAAUGAUCAGAUUUUGGUUCCACUUCAACUUCCAAAUAGCUCAGAAGUGAGAAAUGAUUUUUGACCUUCAGGAGAAGUGAUGCAGGAAGAAGACAAACAACAUCAGUUUCUACAAAGUUAAAAAUCUAGUGUCCGUGGAAGUAAAAGAAAACUGCUUUAUAUUCUUAUUUUGGUUCCACUUCAACUUCCAAAUAGCUCAUAAGUGAGAAAUGAUUCUUGACCUUCACAAGAAGUGAAUAAUUUCUUCAUGUAACUAGAUUGGAUAUUGAUGAUGAUUUAUAGCAUCAUUGACCUCACAGUUGAAGUAAAUCCUUUCAGGUGAUGCAGGAAGAAGACAAACAACAUCAGUUUCUGCAAAGUUAGAAUUUGGUGUUAAUGGAAGUAAAAGAACAACUGCUUUAGAUUCUUGUGACUUGAGAGCAUGGAAUGACUAGAUUUUGCUUCCACUUCAGCUUUCAAAUAGCUCAGAAGUGAGAAAUGAUUUUUGACCUUCACGAAAAGUGAAUAAUUUCUUCAUGUAACUAGAUUGGAUAUUAAUGAUGAUUUAUAGCAUCACUGACCUCACAGUUGAGGUAAAUCCUUUCAAUUGAUACAGGAAGAAGAUAAACAACAUCAGUUUCUACAAAGUUAGAAUCUGAUGUUGGUGAAAAUAAAAGAACAACUACUUUAGAUUCUUGUAACUCGAGAGCAUGGAAUGAUCAGAUUUUGGUUCCACUUCAACUUCCAAAUAGCUCAGAAGUGAGAAAUGAUUUUUGACCUUCAAGAGAAGUGAAUAAUUUCUUCAUGUAACUAGUUGUAUAAUAAUACUACUAUAUGUGAAAUAAAGAGAUGUUCACACUGGAUCACCAUUAUGUAAUAUAUGAAAGAAUUUUAGCAUA